CCCGUCAGAGGAGGCUACGACGUUAAAAAGCUCGAGUUUUCUGGGAUGAAACAAAGCCUUCACUCUGUUGAAGACGGUUUCUGGCAGCGGUGAAGUUGUGAAUGCAUUUGUAAUAGUGAUAAUUACGAUGGUGGGUUUUGAAGGAGUAGCUGUGUCAUAAGGUUUUUGUUUACAGCGAGUCGUGUUCACGCUGACUAAAGCUAACGUUUGAUAAGUUCAGCUUCACAGCUAGCCCAUCUCUCUCCUCGGUGCUGCCGACUACAAGACCUGAGCAUGCCAAAGGAGGCAGACCACCUUGAGGGUGGAGGAGACAAGGAGUCAAAGGAGGAGAGGACGCAGGAUGCUUCUGAAGAGACAGUGAGGAAGCGGGUCCGGGCAAAUACUCCAAGUCCACAUAGAGGGAACACUCCUCAAGUCUCUGUUGAGGAGCUGAUGGAGACGGCUAGAGGAGUCACCAACAUGGCUUUGGCCCAUGAAAUAAUGGUUAACCAUGCUUUUCAAGUCAAACCAGCAGAGCUUCCUGAGGGGAGUUUGGAGCGCAGAGUGAAGGAGAUCGUGCACAAAGCAUACUGGGAUUGCUUGGAAGCUCAGUUGAAGGAGGAUCCACCUACGUAUGGACAUGCCAUUAAACUGCUGGCUGAGAUCAGAGAGACACUGCUGUCUUUCUUGCUGCCAGGCCACAGUCGUCUGCGCUUCCAUAUUGAGGAGGUUCUGGACUUACCUCUAAUUCAGCAGCAGACUGAGAAUGGAGCACUUGACCUAAGUCGAUUGUCCCAGUUUAUCGUUGGGAUGAUGGGCUCCCUCUGCGCCCCCUGUAGAGAUGAGGACGUGAAUAAACUAAAGGAGAUCACCGAUAUUGUGCCUCUGCUCAAGGCGAUACUCUCUGUGCUGGACCUGAUGAAGGUGGACAUGCUUAACUUUGCCAUCAGCAGCAUCAGGCCUCAUCUGAUGCAGCAGUCAGUUGAGUAUGAAAGGAGCAAGUUCCAGGAGUUUCUGGAGAAACAACCAAAUGCCUUAGACUACACUGAGAAGUGGCUUGAGGACACAGUGAGAUGCCUGAGAGAGGCUGCAGCGGAUGGUUCUAGUGCUGCCUCAUCUGACCCUCCCUCACUCAUCCCCCUUAAUGUCCAUAAUCAAGCUUAUUUACGCCUACUGAGGUGGGACCACGACUCAGACCUCUUCCCAGAGACAGUGUUGAUGGAUCAGGCUCGGUUCCAGGAGAUGCAGCAGGAGGUUGAGCAGUUAGUUCUGCUCUCCUCUGUGCUCCUCGUUGUCUACACUACCACAGGGGAGGCUAUCUCAGGCCUGCCAGGCCUGAUGGAGACUCUUAAAAACACUGUCAAUGUCAUGCUUGCAGACAUGCACACACCGUCUUUUAGUGAACAGGAGGCCUUAACGACCAUCGGGGAGAAACUGUGUUUUGAGCUGAGUCAGUGUUUAAGCCAACAUGGCUACUCUCCAUUUUCAGCUGACCGAAAGAGCUCUCUGAUGGGACAAAUCUCAGCCACCAUCCAGCCGGACAACGCGGUCCGCAAGCUGAUGGGCUCUCGGGUUCAGAGCUACCUCCUGGCUGCCCUGGAGUUCAGUCAACAUAAGACCCCUCCUCCUCUCCCAGGGGGUCUUGUUCCAGUAGGCAGGGAGCUGAAGGAGCUUGCUGUGCGCUUCAGCCGCCUUGUCAACUACAACAAGCUUGUCUUCUCCCCGUUCUACCAAAAGGUUCUCGAUAAAAUACUGUCAGGAGGGGGAAGUCCCUAAACACUGAAAUAUGGAGUAGGAGCCAUGUGAAGAGUGCUCUGUACUGUAGUUUUACCAUUUCCCCUCACUAGUAAUGGAUGAUUUAGAGAAUGGAGUUGAGCAAGGUGAUCUGCAUUCAGCAGAUAAAGCCAGCUCCCACAGAGAGUGCACCUUAUGCCAACCUAAUCAAAAGCAUUGGCUACCAUCCAUGCUGUAUCAACUCACAGUGUUGCUUAUUUGAUAAAACCUCAGGCCUCAUAAUUGUGUCCUUACAAUAGCCAUCUCACAUUGAGUUAUUUUCAGUAUUACUAGCAGGCUUGGGUAUUGUUGGAUAUCUGAUCCAAAACAAUACUUGUGUUUUAGAACCCAUACUAGAACAAUAGUUGGACUUGUGUACGAUUACCAUUAUUUGCAGAGUAUAAACACAUUUCUUUCUACAAAAAAACUGUGGUUAGGUACAUUAGAAAAUAACAACUAUGACUCUAAAAUAUACGAUUAAAGAUCAACAAUUCAACAACAAGUCGACAAUACAAAGGAUCACAGCCUUUAUCAAAUGUCUCAGAGUAGGAAGUCAGUCCUCAUCUUACUAAAGUGGAAGGAACAUCUAUGUUUGACUCUCCUUUAAUUUUCUUGACAGCCAUCCAUCCAAUCAUGUCGCCCUGCAGAGCCAGAGAGCCCGCACACUUCUAGACACAGCAGUUUCAGACCCACAGUUUAACAUGUACGCAUGCCUGAGUUUAAACGACAGUCAGUGACUAUGUUAUACCCAGCGCCUUUUAGAGAGAAGAUCAAGGUUAACCCUCUCUGUGAAUGGUGCUGGUUAUACUGAGCAUGGCAGCAGCUAAUUUGCUUUGUCUGCAAAGACAAGGAUUUCACUUGACUUUAGGCUUCCUUUCUCAGAAAUGUCUGAAUAAUUUGCCCUCCACAACAGCAGGUGGUGCUCUGAGUAAAUUUAAAUGUGACAUUCUGCAGUUAGUUGUUGUUACUGUAGUGUGUUUUAUCACACUUCUUAUGCUUACUCCAUAAGAGCAGAACAUUAUUUUGUAGUCGUUGUCUAGAUGCCCUCUGGAACUGGAUAUUUUGUUCAUUUAAUGAAAAUGGUCCAGUAUAUUAACCACUUAAACACCAUGACAGCAUUUACUAAUACACCCUGCUGGUGUUCCCUAAUAAAGAAGAAACACAAGGAAGAGGAGGACGCAUUUUAUGGAUAAUCUUCCUGACAAUAUUUCUGACCAGUGAGAGAACAGCUGGCUUGCACAUGGCAUUUGGUUUCAACUUUUGGACUGCUCUUAUAUGAUGCAGUGUGAACACAAACAAACCAAGGGGCAAAUGCAACAAUUGUAUCUUAUUAGUACCUGAAUCGGAACAAAGCAAACAAACUACAAGCCUGAAAAACACCUCAAGUCACCACCCUUAGUCAAGUGUUCUCCAACAGAACGUGUGUGUCUCUGCCUGACCGACAUCUGUCAAACACCUGUGGAGCUCUCCUGAAUAUGGCAGACAUAGGAGUUAUUUGCCAAGUUAAGAUAAGACCUUAAAGGAUAACUUUCGUUUUUUACAACCUGGACUUUAUUUGUAGCAAUUUGUGAAAAAUAACAGUCGCAAACUACAGCUAAAGUAGCCGACCGCCGCAGAGUUAGCCGUGU